CAACCGACCGGUUUGAACCGGUUUUUUAAAAACAUUACUUACUAAAUCUUGAUCAGCGAACAAGUUUUACUUCUCGAUCAUCACAUGUUGCUCCAAGUAAAACCCACAAAAAUCCGAUCUUUAUCAACGAUGAUCAGUAUCCCCAUAACUUCCAAUCAUCCCAUACAACAAAUCGAAACAAUUUAUCAACCCCAACUGGAUAUUUCUCAUUCUCUAGACGAUGCUACAUACACCAAACUCGUUCAAUCAUCCACACAUUCAGGGUCUUCAACCCAUGGCAAACUCGUACAAUCACACAUAAUUAAAACCGGUUACACCCCACGUUUGUUCUUACACAACACCCUUAUGAACAUGUACUUAAAAUGUAAUGAACCAGACUUAGCCCUCCAACUGUUCGACGAAAUGCCUGAACGAAAUAUUGUUUCUUGGAAUUCAUUGAUUUCUGGGUAUACUCAAUUGGGUCAGUAUGUUAAUGCAAAAGAAGUGUUUCGUGAAGCUCGGAUUGAAAAUGUUAAUGUUAGUAAGUAUACGUAUGCGAGCAUGCUUAGUGUAUGUGCACGAACCGGUGAUUUGGAGCUAGGGAAGGUUAUACAUGGGUUGAUUGUUGUAAGUGGUGUUGGUGUAGAUGCGUUUUUGAGUAAUCCACUUGUGGGUAUGUAUUCUAACUGUGGGAGGGUGGAUCAAGCGCGAACAGUGUUUGAUAAAUGCGAUGGGUUAGAUGACGUUUCGUGGAACUCGAUGAUUGCUGGUUAUGGUAAAGCUUGUUUAUACAAUAAAAUGUUACAAAUUUUGGUUAAAAUGCAUCAAAGCGGAGUGAAAUUCAGUAGCUAUGUGUUGGGGAGUGUUCUUAACGCGUGUUGUGCAAGUUUCGAUUUUUCUUUAACAUGGGGAAAGUUACUACACUCGUGCUCAGUGAAGCUAGGUUGGGAUCUUGAUGUUAUUGUCGGGACUGCAUUACUUGACAUGUAUGCGAAAACCGGGGAUUUAAACGAUGCGGUUUCGGUUUUUAAUCUUCUUCGUGACAAAAACGUGGUGAUGUAUAACGCGAUGAUUGCCGGGCUGCUUCGUGGGGAGGAUAUUAACGAUGAAUUAGUGAAGAAGUCGUUAAAACUUUUUAUUAAUAUGCAAAGGCAUGGGUUAAAGCCUUCAGAGUUUACAUUUUCGACAAUCGUUAAAGCUUGUAUCGCGUUUCGAGAUUUGGAGUUUGGGAAACAAAUUCACGCACAUGUUAUCAAGAACAAUCUUCAGUCUGAUGAGUACAUUGGAAGUGUUCUUGUGGAGUUAUACUCUUCGUGGAGCUUAACGAAUGAUGCGUUGAGUUGUUUUGAUUCGACUUAUAAACGAGACAUCGUGAUAUGGACAUCGAUGAUCGUGGGCCACGCCCAAAACGGUGAAUAUGAACGGGCGUUAGGCGUUUUCGGUGAACUUCUUACUUUCGGGUUAAAACCAGAUGAAUUCACGGUUUCAACCGUGCUGAGUGCUUGUGCUAAUUUGGGUGGUGUGAGAUAUGGUGAGCAGAUUCAAAGUUAUUCGGUUAAAACCGGGAUUACAAAGUCGAGUGUGGUUGUAAAUUCUUUGAUAUACAUGUACGCAAAGUCGGGUGACAUAGAUUCUGCAAAUCGGAUGUUUGAGGUGGCUGAUAAAUUCGAUGUGGUUUCAUGGAGUGUGAUGAUAUGCGGUGCUGCAUAUCAUGGUUGUGCAAAGGAAGCUUUGACCAUCUUUGACUUGAUGAUAAGUAACGGGAUUGCACCGAAUGACGUGGCAUUUCUCGGAGUUCUUACUGCGUGUAGUCACGGAGGGCUUGUUGACGAAGGAUUCAGAUGUUAUGAAACAAUGAAGAGAGACUAUGGUAUUACACCAACCGAAAAGCACUGCGCAUGCAUCGUAGAUCUAUUCGGGCGAGCUGGAAGACUAUCUGAUGCUGAAUCGUUUAUCAUCGAGUCAGGUUUUAGCCACGCGCCUGUAAUGUGGCGGUCGUUACUAAGUUCUUGUAGGAUUCAUAAGAACACGGAGAUCGGGAAGCGUGUAGCCGAGAGGUUAAUCAAACUCGAGCCACACGCAUCUUCAUCUUACGUGCUCCUUUACAACAUCUACAACGAUGCCGGAAUGGAAACACACGCUACAAAAGUACGAGACUUGAUGACUGACCGUCGGAUCAAGAAAGAACCCGGUUUAAGUUGGAUCGAGGUGGGAAACCGGGUUCAUUCGUUUCUGGUCGGUGAUAAAUCUCACCCUCAAAGUGAAAAAAUAUAUGAAAAGUUAGACGACGUGCUCGAGAAAAUAAAGAAAAUUGGUUACGUUGACGGGAAGAAGAACAACGGUUUAUCGGUAAAUCACCAUAGUGAAAAGUUAGCAGUUGUUCUAGGCUUGAUAAGUUUGCCUUUAUCGGCUCCUGUAAGAGUGAUGAAGAACUUAAGAGUAUGCCAAGAUUGUCAUACUGUAAUGAAACUGAUCUCGAAGGUCGAAAGCCGGGAAAUAAUUCUACGAGACCCGAUUCGGUUUCAUCGGUUUAGAGAUGGAACUUGUUCUUGCGGGGAUUAUUGGUAACGAUCAAAGGGAUAAAAUGCAUAUCGUUUCACAGAGAGAUCAAGAAAGAGAAAGAGGAAAAAGAUAUCGUAGCAUAUCGUUUCACCGAGAGAUCAAGAAAGAAAAAGAGGAAAAAGAUAUCGUAGCAUAUCGUUUCACCGAGAGAUCAAGAAAGAAAAA